AUGACUUUCGGUGUUCACGGAACUGGUACGACAGGAGUUGGUAAAUCCAAUUUAGGUGUUCAAUUAGGAAAGGCGAUAAAUGGUGAAGUUGUUAAUGUUGACUCAAUGCAGGUAUACAAAGGAUUAGACAUUAUAACAAAUAAGAUUUCAGUUGAGGAACGUGAAGGAGUUCCACAUCAUCUGAUGGAUUUCUUAGAAACACAUCAAGAAUACAGGGUCACACAAUUUAUUAAAGAUGCAUUACGUGUUAUCAAAGAAAUUCAUGAUCGUGAUAAAGUACCAAUACUGUUACAAGUUGUUGAUCCUAUAAUGGCAAAUAAAUGGCAUUGGAAGGAUACAAGAAGAGUUUAUAGGAGUUUGAAGGUUUAUUUGGAAACAGGUAAACCACACAGUCAAUGGAUUAAAGAACAAAAUUUGCAGGAUCAGAAAAUAAAAUCUUUAAGAUUUCCUAGGACAUGUAUUUUCUGGUUAUAUGCUGACAACAAAGUACUCGAUCCUAGACUAGAUUCCAGAGUUGAUAAAAUGAUCCAAAAUGGACUUUUUGAAGAAAUCAAGUUUCUUAGAAAUUUGAUAAAGAAUGGAGAAAUACAUGCACUUUUAAGAAAUAAUAAAGUUGAUUAUACUAGAGGAAUUUGGCAAGCUAUUGGAUACAAAGAAUUUGAUAAUUAUUUAAGUAUGUUGGAGUCAAAUACACAAAAUGAAAAAAAUUUGGAAGAAUCAAAGAGAUCAGGAACAGAAUUGAUGAAAAUAGCUACUCGUCAAUAUGCUAGAAGACAAGUUCAUUUGGUAUCAUCAUCAUCAAUAUGUAGAUUAUAUUUACUAGAUGCAACUAAUUUAGAAAAUUGGAAUCAAAAUGUUCGUGAUAUAGCCAUUAAAACAACCAAGGAGUUUUUGGAGACGGGAAUAGGACCUGAUCCAACUACAAUAAACGAUUUUGCAAACAAAAUGCUAAGUUCAAAUUAUAAUCAAGAAGAUGGAUUUUCUAGAUUGAAUACAUGGAAAAAAUAUCAAUGUGAUAUUUGUAAACUAUUUAAUACUGAUGAGGAGGACGAAGAUAGAUCAUCAGUAGCAUUCAACGGGAAAAAUGAAUGGGAACAGCAUUUGAAUAGUAAAUGGCAUAAAUCUAGCAUUAGACUGAAAAAAGAAAUUGAUGAAAAAUGGAAUGGUGAAUUACCAGAUUGGAUAAAAAAAAGAAAAAACAGAAGGAAGAAAAUUUGA